ACUCAGUUGAUCGUCAGUUGUGGGCGGGGAGGACGCGCCACCCAGCGGUCUGCUUCCCGUUGUGUCUAGCGCCUGUACUGAAACAUACGGACAUAUCGACCCUGAGAGGCGAUAAUGCUGCCCAAUAGACUGGACUAGCGGCCUUGAAGGAGCUGCUGCGGCCUUAUGGGAGCUUAGAACGAGGGGAUCAGAAAAAAAUCCAUACUGCGAAGUGAAAGAAACAGAUACGUAUAGAACAUCAGAGGUUGUGGUCGUGAUAAACCUUGUGGUGAUACGGACGUGAUUUUGAUAGAGUGACCACUUGGAAAAUACUUGUGUUAAUCGAAGGUAUACUAUUGGGUCACCACCACCACCUCCACCUACCUUUACCUGCACGAUGGGGAGCUACGGGAUGGUAAUUAACACCCCAGCCACGUACGGGGAUGGCGAGGAACCUUACCCAAGCCUCAGCGACUUUCACGACUACGAACCAAACCUGGAAUUCGAUGACACGGAGCUACAUAGCGCGUCCUCUGUCACUGACCUCCCCGAGCUGCUGCCUGCCACAACGGACUAUCUUGAAUCUCCGGUCUCCGAUGGCACGAUUGAGGAGAACUUUGAGGCCGAGCUCGGCGUGGCGAUCGGCGAGGAGGAGGAGGCCGCCCUGCACAGCACCUUCACGGAGGACGACGACUUCACGGACAUCGCUCGCCAUGGCAUUGUUGAUAUCGUAGGGGAUGACACGUACGGCAGGAAGGUCAUUGUGGUGAGCGCCUGCAAGCUCCCCAGUAACAAAGUCUUCAACCACGAAAAGUUUCUCAAGUACCUCAUGUUCACCCUAGACCAGUAUGUUGAGCAGGACUACUCCCUGGUCUACUUCCACUAUGGUCUGAACAGCAAGAACAAGCCUCCCGUGUCCUGGCUCUGGUCUGCCUACAAAGCCCUCGACCGCAAGUACAAGAAGAAUCUGAAGGCGCUCUACCUCGUCCACCCCACAAACUUUAUUCGCGUUGUCUAUAACAUCUUCAAGCCUGCUAUUAGUGCAAAGUUUGGGAGGAAGGUGAUGUACGUGGACUACCUGAACGACCUCCAGCAGCACCUCUCCCUCAGCCAGCUCCCCAUCCCUGACCGUGUGCAGCAGCAUGACCAGCAGCUUUUGGCCAAGUUAAAGAGUGUUCCCAAGGCUCCCGGCAGCAGGUUCCACAAGCCCUUGCCCACCCAGCAGUUUGGUGUGUCCCUGCAGUACAUCAAAGAGGCCAACAGUCAGGACCCCAUCCCCCCGGUGCUCAAGACCUGUAUCACCUUCCUGGACCAUCCGGACGCCCUGGAGACGGAGGGGCUGUUUCGGCGGUCUGGUGCGGCAGCCGUGGUCAAGAGUGUGCAGGAGCGCUUCAACCAGGGCGAGGAGGUGACCUUUGACCUCAACACUGACGUCCACAUCGCUGCCGUCAUCAUCAAGACAUUCCUCAGGGAGCUGGAGGAGCCACUCAUGACCUUCGACCUUUACGAUGAGGUCAUACAGUUCCAGGGGCUGAGUCGCAGUGACCGCCUCACCGCCCUCAAACAAAUGGUGCUGGAGAAGCUGCCGGAGGAUAACUACCUGGUGCUCAAGUUCCUCGUUAACUUCCUCUCCAAGGUGAUGGACCGCAGUGACCUCAACAAGAUGACGGCGAGCAACCUGGCGGUGGUGUUUGGCCCCAACUUGGUCCGUCCUCGGGGUGGGCAGAUGUCCCUCAACGCCAUCGCCCCAAUCAACCUGUUCGUGGAGGUCAUGCUGUCACAUCACCACCAGAUCUUCGUGCUCUGAGGGGCCGUGUGAGAGUGAUAUGCGAGGGGGUGACCCGAGAUUAAGGGGGUGAUGCACUUCUUCCACCUCUCACACCCUUUGUCCACAUCAACAGCCCACCAGAUCUUCAUGCUCUGAGGGGUCAUGUGACAGAGCCUGGGUGUGACCUGAGACUAAGGGGGUACAUCUCUCCCUCCUACCUCUCGCACCCUAUGCCCACAUCAACAGCCCACACCAGAGUCUAUAUCCAUUCUUGACCACAAAGUCCAGGAAGAGUGUGACCUCAUUGUCUCCUGUCCACUCAGGUGCUUGGCAGAGGUGCUUAGUGCUGGGAGGUCAAGGCUAUCCACUCCCACACCACCCGUCAAUGUCCAUCCCUUAGAAGUGGGUGUCAGGAAGGCCGUGCAGGAUAGGCAAGGUACAGAGUGUUGUGGUAGAUGAGGACGUCACUUGAAACACUGCCACCUUUCACAUCAACUAUGAUAUUUCCAAAGGCCAAAAAGGAGAUCAAUCGGGUUUCCAUCAGUGUUUCUACAUUUUCAUGGUACAGAAGAAGGGUCAAGCUACCACCAGGGUCAUAAAACUACCCCUGGAAAUGCCUAAAACACCCACAAAAGCCUUGUCAAAUGUGUGUUUUAGGUUUAUGGUACAGAAGAAGGGUCAAGCUACCACCAGGGUCAUAAAACUACUCCCUGAAAAUGCCUAGAACUCCCAUGAAAGCCUUGUCAAAUGUGUGUUUUUACAGGCUCAUGAUACAGAAGAAGGGUCAAGCUACCACCAGGAUUAUAAAAUCACCCCUGGAAAUGCCCAAAACUCCUAUGAAAGCCUCGUCAAAUGAGUGUUAUGAUGGGUGAGAAUGAGAAUACCAGUUACCAUAUGGGCAGAGCAUGGGUGAAGCAGAGAACCCAGCCCCCAUCACCCUAGACAAAGAAAUGGGUUGUAUUCUAGUGUGAAAAGGGUGUCACCAUGUCCUCCUGAACCUCACAGCUACAAGAAAGGGAAAAAGAAUGGGCAGAGAAUGGCUGAAAUGGAGAACCCAGCCCCCGUCACCCUAGACAAAGAAAUGGUUGUAUUCCAGUGUGAAAAGAGUGUCACCAUGUCCUCCUCCACCUCACAGCUCCUAGAAAGGGCAAAAAAGGUCCUCUGCUCGGCACGCACUGAAGGAGGGAGGGCGAGGGAUCCUGACACACGCACAGACAGACAAACAAAAAAAGUUGUGACCUCCGAGAAGGGUGUGAAAGCUUACAUUAAUAGAACGUUUUAAGGCCCUGCUGGAGCGCCUCUCGCCCACCCCUAGUGUGUAUUCCAGUGUGUGUGUGUGUGUGUGUAUGUGUAUGUGUGUGUGUGUGUGUGUGUGUGUGUGUGUGUGUGCUUACAAUUCGGCUUCUGUUUCCACUAUGGUGCACUAUAGAAAGUAUUUUUGAUAAGAACCAUGCGCGUGUCAGUGUGUGUGUGUGUGUAUGUGUGUUGGCACUUGCACGUGUGUGUGUGUGUGUGUAUGUGUGUUGGCACUUGCACGUGUGUGUGUGUGUGUGUGUGUGUGUAGUCACCAAAGCACAUCAUUCCACACAGUUUACAGGUUUACUAUAUAUUAACUAUUUUCAGUGUCUCAUCUGGCCUCACUCUCCUACCCUUCUCACUCUCUCUCUCUGGCCUCACUUUCCUGUCCUUUUCUCUCUUUCUCAUCGCCCAUCAACCUAACAUUCACGAGUACAAUAUAAGCAAGGCCCAUCAUCACUAAUGCAAUAGGUCACCGUUUCUUGAGCAGUAGCAGAAGGAAGAAAGAGAUACAGAAGAAGGAAUAUUUUCGGAACAUUCACGAGUACAAUAUCAUCAAGGAGGUUGGCCUAUCAUCACCAAUGCAAGCAACAGUUCAAUUCCUAUCAUUUAACAUAAGGAAAGAAAUACAUGAGCAGGAUUAUUAAUGGAGAAACUGAUGGUGUCUUGUCCUGAUUAGAUAGAUAUAGUGGCUUAAUCUAUAGUAAUUAUUUUUCUGAGCUAUUCGCGUCACCUUCACGUUAGGGGUCUCUAGAAGGCGCUGAAUAUCCUACACUUGGUACACGUAUAGUCUUUGAAGGAGGGAAAGUUACGUGAAGUGAGUGUGUGCAUGUAUGUGUUGGUUACAGAUGCAUUUAUGGAGCUAAAUCUUGGACAUUCCAUACUAAAUCAUUCCUUUGGUUUUAAUACUUGCUAUCUCACCAUUCCGCUCAUUCUAAGUUAACCUACAACCAUCCUUAUCAUUUCCCAUUCAUUUUUAUCUUUUUUUCAUACAUAUAGACACACACAAACACACACAUUCAGAGAAACAUGUUAAUAAUGCUUUAGUCUCCCUCCUUUCCUUGCACAGUUAAGUUGGCAAUAGUUUUCUGGGUGUCAUUCUAAGUUAACUACAACCAUCCUCUAUCAUUUCCCAUUCAUUUUUACCUAUUUUCAUACAUAUAGAGACACACAUACACAGAAACAUAUUAAUAAUGCUUUAGUCUCCCUCCUUUCCUUGUACAGUUAAGUUGACAAUAGUUUUCUGGGUGUCAUAUCCUUGCUGUGGCAGACAUGUGGGCCAGUGUGUGUUGUGUUGGUAUAGUGAGAUGUGUCCACCCCGCACAUCACCUGUUUUCAAAGACCAAAAAUGAGAUCAGUCAGGCCCUCAUGAGUGUUUUCUUAGGUUCAGGGUAUGGAAGAAGGCUUAAGCUACCAUCAUGGUCAUCAAACUACCUCUGGAAAUGCCCAAAACUCCCAGAAAAGCCUUGUCAAAUGUGUGUUUGCUCAGGUUCAGGGUACACCAGCAGGCUCAAGUUACCACCAGGGUCAUCAAACUACCCCUGGAAAUGCCCAAAACUCCUAGAAAAGCCUUGUCAAAUGUGUGUUUUCUUAGGAUCAGGGUAUGGAAGAACUCAAACUACCACCAGGGUCAUCAAACUCCCCCUGGAAAUGCCCACAACUCCCAGUAAAGCCUUAUCAAAUGUGUGUUUUCUCAGGUUCAGGGUACAGCAGAAGGGUCAAGCUAUCACCAGGGACAUCAAACUACCCCUGGAAAUACCCAAAACUCCUGGAAAAGCCUUGUCAAAUCUGUGUUUUCUUAGGUUCAGGGUACGGAAGAAGGGUCACAUUACCACCAUCAAACUACCCCUGAAAAUGACCACACCCUAUAUCAAACACCUCAUAGAAGAACUGGAUUGCAUUGCUGUUACGCACACUAGACCUAACACAUAUUACCACAUUUUCCGACACACUCAUCAUCAUUCUGUGUAUUGCUUGUCAGGGCUCAGUUUCCACCACCUACUUGCCAUCUGAGUGAGUGUGACCCAGGCUGGCCCUCCUGAAUGUGUGUGUGUGUGUGUGUGUGUGUGUGUGUGUGUGUCUUCAAGAUGGGAGGUUGUCACUGUUGAUCCAAGCCAUCCACUGCACCAUCACUGCAUUCAAACUCCCUCCCCAGAAUCAUUUAUAAUCACCUCCGUCACUUGCACACGGCACACUGUUGCUUAUAUCUGUACCUCCAUAUGUGCUGGGCGAGGCACCUGUGUAGUAUGUGCUUUGCCCUGCAUGUGCUAACGAUCCUCCAUCAUUAUAAUUGUUAUCCAUAGAAUUGUGUGAGAUUUUUCAGUUUAAUUUUUCAUCUUCCUCGUGUUGUUUUUUGAUUCUACAAGUGUACAAAGUGGCCGGCCAGCAGUUGUGGCUCGCCUCUGUGAAAAGACAAAGAGCUAUCUAGUAUAUAUUUUUGUUAAGGAACUGAUUUACUUCUAUUUUGUAUAUUUUCACUUGCUAUUUGUAGUAUGUAUUAUUUUAAGGUUUUCUUCUGUAAGUUUGUAUGUGUUUAAUUGGACCACUACUUGAUUUCCGGAAACUUGAUGUGUGUGUGUGUGUGUGUGUGUGUGUGUGUGUGAGAGAGAGAGAGAGAAUCAUUUCGUUCAGUGUAUUUCUUUAGGUCUGCAGAUUAUGUUAUACGAAGGAAGUGGUUGUUUUCCCUGUCGUGAUGCAAUUACCCGCAUCACCUCACAUCCCGAGACUCGCAUAAGCCCAGCAGAAUGUCCUUGUGUUGGCUCACUGCGAUAACCAGGCCCAAUAAACACAACAGGGCGAGGAGAACACUUUCUUUCCAAGCUCUCAGCACUGGUAAGACUGGCACAUACAUUAUGGAACAAAAGCAUAGCGUGUAACCUGUUUUUUCCUUCAUGUCCACCUGGUACGAGUGAGGCUUUGCAGUGUUGCUUUGGUUCGGGCCCAGUGUUUCCGAUCACGCCCCAUUCUGCUAUGCAUUGGUUGUGUUGCCCCGAGCCCUCACUGUGAUGUUACGUCAUGGAAAUUCAUACAUGUGUAUAUGCAUAUUCAUACAUACAUAAUUAUAUAUUCAGAGAUGUAACAACUGAUGGUCUUUAUAUAUCUGUCUAGUCUGUGUGUAAAUAACCUGAUAUUAAAGAUCUUGGUGUGCCUCUAA